GUGGCUCCUUCAGCUGCUGCUCGUGCUGCUGAGUCAGCCUUAUCCGCAGCAGAUACCACUAGCUUUCAGAAACUAACCUGUUCCUCUAACGCUUCAUCCGGGCGACACGCUCUAAGCUUCAGCGCUGCGUACUCAAUUUCGUAAUCUCGCCUCGGCUUGACUCCCUUUGGCAGUCGAUUUAUUCUCCAGGCGACUAGGUCUCUGGGCCGCGCCAUGGCGACGUGCACUUCACAGUUGGCUAUGCCGGCUAAGCGUUCUUUCUUGACGACUUCCGGCUGUUUAGACGGCCAUCAAGACAUCCACCACGCAUCGUCAACCUCCCACAGCCCGUCAUUACUCGUCAGAAGGCCACGUGUCGCGUGCUCGUUGGGCCCUAGGAUCGAGAAGUCAGGGCUUGGUUUUAGCGCGGUGACGAAUGGCAGGAGGCCAAGCAUUGCGUGCCGAGCCGAUAAAAAGGAGGCCAAGCAUUGCGUGCCGAGCCGAUAAAAAGGACGCAGCGAGAAAGGCGUUAGAGGAUGCUUUAUCCGGCAAGAAGGACCUUCUGAACAAGUGGGAUGCGGAGAUUAAAAAGCGCGAGGAGGGAGGGGGAGGUGGGGGCGGGGGCCGGGGGAGGGGGUGGGGGGGAGGCGGCGGAGGAGGGGGAGGCGAUGGGGAUGGUGUGAGCGGGGGGGGAGACGAGCGGUGGGAGGAGACGAAGCAGGUUCUGUUCGCCAUCGGCGGCAUUGUGGGCAUUUACCUGCUGUUUACUCAAGGCCUUCGCAUUGUGGCGUUCGUCAUCAACUGCAUCCUCUUUGUGCUGAGGGGCUUUAAGGGGCCUCGGUCACAGCAGGAGGUGUACACCCCCCGUGCCGCCACCGCUGGUGCUGCUGCCGGUGGUGGUGAGGAGGUGGGGGAUGCGGGGAAGAGGGAGGAGAGUGUGCGGAAGAAGUGGGGCGGAGAUGAGUAAGGGGCUUCAUGGGGCCCCGGGAACAGCAGGAGAUCUACACCCCCCAUGCCACCACCGCUGGUGCUGCUGCAGGUGGUGGGGAGAGGUGGCUGAUGCUGGGAAGAGGGAGGAGAGUGUGCGGACGAACUGGUUUGGGGAUGAGUGAGGAUUCAAUAGGCCACGGGGCCAGCAGAAGGGCUACAACACCCCCCGUGCUGUCACUGAGCAGACAGAAAGUUAGGUAAUGGUUGGGAUGGAGUCACCAACAUAGGCAUGGUCUUGCUGAGUACUAGCUCACUGGAAUAGAAUAGCAGCAUGUAGGAAAGAUUGUGGAAUAAUGAAGUCUUUUGGUUGAGUAUGCAGGAUGCUAAGAUGCCCUCAAGGUUACAUAUUCCACCUUGAAAUAACUAUUGUUUAAGUAAAUUGCUAAUAGUAGG